AUGCUGGAUUUGCCUUUCAUGCCCUUCUGCGUCCUCCUGGGUGGCCUGGGCUUCAUGUGCGUGGCCUUCGUGACCGCCUGGUGCCAGCGUUGGCGUGGCGGCUUCGCCUUGGACGGCAGCACCCAGAUGUUCAACUGGCACCCGGUGCUGAUGGUGACGGGCAUGGUGGUGCUGUACGGCGCAGUGGCCCUGGUGUACCGCCUGCCCGCCACCUGGAGCGGCCCCAAGCUCCCCUGGAAGGUGCUGCACGGCGCCCUGGCCUUGGCAGCCUUCAUCCUGGCCGUGCUGGGGCUGGCGGCCGUUUUUCGCUUCCACAACGACCACGGGACGCCCAACAUGUACUCCUUGCACAGCUGGCUGGGGUUGGCCACCGUGCUGCUCUUCUCCUGCCAGUGGCUCGCGGGCUUCUGCGCCUUCCUGCUGCCCUGGGCUCCUGUCUGGCUCCGUGCCCUCUACAAACCCGUCCACGUCUUCUUCGGCUCCACCAUCCUCAUGCUGUCCGUGGCCUCGUGCGUGUCAGGCAUCAACGAGAAGCUCUUCUUCAGCCUGAAGAAUGGGACAACAGAGUACAAGCGCCUGCCCGCUGAGGCUGUCUUUGCCAACACGCUGGGGCUCCUGAUCCUCCUUUUUGGGGUGCUGGUGCUGGGUGCCCUGGCCAGGCCGAGCUGGAAGCGCCCCGACGCUGACUCCCCGGACUCUCGCCAGCCCCUGCUCACCGCCGAGCGCUGA